GCCCGAUAAAACAGCUGAUUGAUAAAAACAAAGAAGAAGAAGACGCAGACCAACACGUGCGAUUGUUUAUUUUAGUAUUGUGAAAUGGAAGCGGGUAUUUGCUAUAUAAAACCAGAAUACCUGGUAACUGAAGUCAAUAACGGUAGUGAGGCAGUUACUACCGAAAACACCGAGUCAAACAAAAGAAAACGCGAGGAUGGCGAACAAGUUGAAGCCGGUGGAAAAAAGAAAUGGGAUAAAAAAGAGCGCAAGCGUGGACAAAACAAGAACCGUCCAGUUUUCAAGGACGAGCGAUAUUCGCAUUUGUGUCACUCUCUAAUCGAUGGAACCGGUGGAGAACCUUGUUCCCUGGCCAACUGCCGCUAUGUCCACGAUCUGGAUGCCUUCUUGGCCGCCAAGGGAGAGGACCUGGGCCCCGAGUGCUAUGUGUACACCACCAAGGGAUACUGUGCCCGUGGGGUCAGUUGUCGCUUUGCCAAGGCCCACACCAAUGAGCAGGGCAGGAACCUCAAAAGGGAGGACUACGACGAAAAGGCUCCUCCGACCACAUGCAAUGGCGUUAGUUCAGAACUCCAAGUGCGCCUACGAAAACAUGAAUAUGAUUUCGGUAGGAGCAAGGAACUCAUUAAAAUGGCAGAGAAGCUACGAGAUGCACGAAAGCAAAAGGAACAACAGGAGAAGGAUGGAAAACAGGAAAAGACUGAGGAGACAGUAGAUGCAAGUGCUGGGGAAAAGCAACCCAACGAUGAACUGCAGAAGGAAGAACAAACGGACCCCAAGGAACCGGCAGCACAGGAUAACCCAACAUUAGCAAUUGAAACUCCCACUGGUUGUGCCAUUGAUGACUCCACCGCCGGCAGAGACGCUGACCAAAAGCCGGCCGUCGAUUUCCGCGAGAAACUCGUCCUGUCACCACUCACCACGUUGGGUAACCUGCCCUUCCGGAGGAUUUGCAAGGAGUUCGGUGCGGACAUAACCUGCGGAGAGAUGGCCUGUGCUCAGCCCCUGCUCAAGGGUUUAGGUCAGGAGUGGGCUCUGACCAAGCGCCACCAGAGCGAGGACGUUUUCGGAGUCCAGCUGUGCGGAAAUAAUCCCAACAUGAUUAAUCAGGCGGCGCAGGUUAUUCAUGAGACGGCCAAGGUGGAUUUUAUAGAUCUAAAUAUAGGCUGUCCGAUAGACCUGAUUUACCAGCAGGGCGGCGGUAGUGCCCUGAUGCGACGAACCAACAUCUUGGAGCUGACCGUGCGUAGUUGUGCCGCCUUGUCGGAUCGCCUGCCGUUCACCGUAAAGAUGCGUACCGGCAUCUAUGCGGACAAGAGUGUGGCACAUGAACUGCUGCCGCUGGUCGAGGAGUGGGGCGCCUCGGCUGUGACCCUGCACGGUCGAUCCAGGGAACAGCGCUACACCAAGCACGCCAAUUGGACCUACAUCGAGGAGUGUGCCGCCAAGGCCAAGCGGAUGCCAGUUAUCGGCAAUGGCGAUAUACUCAGCUACGAGGACUACGUAGAGCGAAGAACGCUGGCUCCGCAUGUCAGUUCCGUGAUGAUUGGACGUGGAGCGUUAAUAAAACCCUGGAUAUUCCGGGAGAUCAAGGAGAAGCAGGCAUGGUCUCCUUCAUCCGGUCAACGCUACGAGUUGCUGCAAAAGUUCUGCAACUACGGUCUGGAGCACUGGGGCUCCGACACCAAGGGUGUGGAGACCACACGCAGAUUCCUCCUCGAAUGGCAGUCUUUCUUGUACCGCUAUAUACCCGAGGAACUGCAGACUGCUCCUCCGCAGAAGAUCAACGCACGGCCACAGAAAUACAGGGGACGCGACGAAAUGGAGACCCUUAUGGGUUCCGGCAACGCAGCUGACUGGGUCAAGCUUAGCGAAUCGCUGCUGGGUCCGGUGCCGGAUGGGUUCAGCUUUGUGCCAAAGCACAAGGCGAACGCCUUUUAGAAUCCAGAUAUACAUAAGUAUGUAUUUUUAAAGGUAUGCAAAAAUAGUGACAUCAUUAUUGUUAGCUGAAUAACUCCUUUAUUGAUUAAAUUUGACUUACUUCAAAUUAAUUUGAACAAA